AUGGUCCUGGGGCUCUUCUCCAUCAUCUUCAGCUUUAGCAGGAAACGCCAGUAUGCCUCCUGGAUGCUCCUGGUCAGCUUCCCGUUAGACAUGGCAGUCAGGGCAAUGACCAGUCACCUCAACAUUUGCUCCAAAUUGGGAGCUGAGCUGAAUGACUUCGCCAUCUUCACCACCUUCGGCCUGGCCUCUGCCCUGCUCCUAGGCGUGGACGGACUUCUGAGUGGGACCCUGGCCAUCAUCUAUGUGUCAGCUGCUUCUUUCCGCUUGUGCUUUUAUUCACCGGGAGUCCCCUCCACAUACAGGGGUCUACCCUGCCCCUAUGCUUCCUCCAUCUUGGCUUCCACCUACCUUCUGACCAAAGGCAACACAUUUAUCCUCUGCUGCAUGGCCUCACUCAUGAUUCUCUUUAUGAUGGACCAGAGCUACUACCCACAUGACAAAAUCCUGGAGUCUGAGAACUGGAAAAAAUUGGUUUAUAUAGGAGGUGUCGUCGUGCUGUUUUUCUCGCCGUUGUCUCUGUCUGCUUGCUACUGCCUGGUAUGGUCACUCUCAUACAUCUUCUUUCCAGAUGCUCUGUGGGGCAAGGCAGCCCGUCUUUCGUCACAGCACUGA